AAUGUCUUUUCCAUGUCAAGCAGAUAUAUAUAUAUAUGUCCAAACAUCCAUUGCUGGAACACAACUAUUUUUGAGGCUUCUUAUACUCCCACUCUCAAAUUUCUUCAUCUUUGCUUUGAACUUUUUAGCCAAAUCAGAUGCACUCGACUUCUUUGCCAUCCUACCCUCAAUUGGUGAAACUUCGGGUACAUCAACUGCAAAAUCCACUCCACCAUAUGAGACAACUCUAACAAAAGUUAUGUCUUACGCAACAAAUGAGUGCACAACUUUUUCCUCAUUAAUUGUUUCAAGAAAGGAAGCAAAUGUAGUUCGUCCUAUUUAUGUGUUUGAAAGAGGCGAAACUUCAGGUACGCUAACUGAUAAAUGCAUACCAGCAUACGAACCAGCUCUGGCAGAAGGUCAUGCAAAGUGUAAGAAGACGCUAAGGAACAAUACUCAACUCUGCUCUGAUUAUGUUAUACUAAAAAAGGUUCCCGACUUGACGCUACUUCAAGAAAGCCUUUCACAAGAAGUCAAGCUUAGGACCUUCAAGCAUUUCAAGCUUUAUGGAUGAAGAUGAAGUCUUUGGAAGGAUCCAAUAUGGAUGACUUGAAGAUAUUUAAUAUUCUAAGUGUCUACCAUUUAAAUUAAAUUGUAAUUAAAUGAAGGACAAUUUGGCCCUUUACUUCUUUUAACCCUUAGCAUAAAUAGUUAGCUAUUAGGGUUUGAACCAUUAGUUUUUGAAGAUUGGAUAUUUGUGCAUCCUUGAGAGCUUGAUAACUCUUUGUUGAUUUUUAACACUUCCCUGGGAUUUGCAAGUAAGUUUCUACCUUCUUGAGGAUUUUAAUAGAUUAGGUGAUUUUAAUUUCCAAUUGAGUGGUGUUUUGGUUAGUUUCACCAUUACAUCUUUAAAUUGCCUGAAUCUAAUUGUGUCUAUCUUUUUUUAACUUUUAUCUUUAAUAUGUAUCUUACUUCUAUUUUCUUGUUUCACAUCAAACUGGUAUCAAGAGUUUGGAUUAGAUUUAUUUUCACAAACCUAAGUCUUGGGUUUUGAUAUUUAAAAAAAAUAAAUUAAAAAAAAAUCAAAUUUGAUUGAAUGUUAUUUGAUAUUAUUCCUUGAGUUACAUGUUGUUUUCUAGUUGAAAGUUUUUUUUUUAAAAAAUAUAUAACAAAAAAAUUGAAAGUCAAGUUGAAGAAGAAACUUGGCAAUGGGUUUUGUUGAUUUGGUGUUUGGUUGAAGAAAUUGUUGGUUAGAAGUUGUUGGUGAAGUUGUGGGGAAGUUAUAUCUCAAAUUUGAGCUUAUUUGCUUGGGUAUUGAAGAAGAUGAAUUUGAGAAUUACAAAAUAGUUUAAUCUUUCAAACUUGUUUCUUCUUUUCUUGUUAAUUCUAUCUAGUUUGCUUUGAGUAUUAAUUCAUAGUUAAUGUUAAACUAGUUUGUAUUCGUUUAAUUUAUUCGUGUCAAUUUUUUUGAUGCUUUUUUUCUUUCAUUUCAUUGUAUGCUUAUUUGUUUCAUGUCUGUUAGUUAUAAUUGUUCGUUCUUGAUUACAUAAAUCCACUUUAUCCCGAAAAAGUAGUACUACUUGUGAAUUAUUUGACGGUGUUGACUUUCAAUCUUGGGUUAUUCAAGAGUGGUAACAAGCAAGAGUGAGGUGAGUUCAUCUGAGGAUGGCCUUAAAGUGAUACACGAGUGUGAGUGACAAAAAAAGGGAAACAUGAUGUGAGUGAGUGGUGAAGAACUGUAACACCCCACAUUUUUGGGCUAGAAUUUAAAUCGUUGUUCCUAUGCGUACAGACUUAAACCCAAUGAUUUUAUGUCUAUAUAUGUGUGAUGAUCAAUAUUAUAGUGUGAAAAUGUCCUUUUAUAUCAGUCAAGGUCAUAAAACUCUCCUAACUCAAAGAUGAGUUAAGAACUCUUCCAUUGGUUAAGUUUUAGUGAACAUUUCAGCUUGGGUCAAAUUUCAAUGAUCAUUACUCCUUGUACAUAAUGAGUUAUGUAUCCCACCUUAUAUAAAAUGAAAGCUCUUUGAAUCUUCUUUCCAAUGAAUUUGGUUUCACCUUAAUCUGAUAUCGGAGUGAAAAGUUAUACCAAUUUUACUCCAGCCUGUCAGCCUGUCACCAAAGUGACGACCUGAGCAGACGGGCCGUCACCUAUGUGACGACUUAUCAGCCCAAGUCGUCAGCCUUAGGAAGAAAACAUCAAUUCCAGCCCAAAAGUGAUGACCUAGGUGAUGAGCCAUUACCUAAGUGAUGGGCCUUCAACCUUGGUCGUCAAUUGAAGUUUUCUGCAAUUUUUUUUGUUUCCAUAAGGGUAUUUUGGUAUUUUCCUCACCUCAAACCCCACCCCCAUGACUUAAAUCAAGUAUUAAACCCUAUUAACCAAUAAAAUAUCAGUUUCUUAUCACUUAUAAUCCUCCUCACUCUUAAGAACAAGAAAAUUAGGGUUUCCCUCUCAAGAUCAUCUCCCAAGAACAAGAUUCAAGCCCUUCUAUAAGAAAACCAAGAAAUUAUAAUUCCCAAUCCAAGAACGUUCAA